UUGCGUCCAGUAUUUAAAAACAAGAGGAUGGUAAUGCGUUUCUACUUUCCCAAAGCGGAACUGAAUACGAGACCAACUCACCAACUUCUGUCUUAAAUAAACAAACACAUUUUAUCAGUAAGUUAGCGAUAAAGAGCACCGUGAAACAUCAUGAGUAAACCACCCCAGAGCGUAGAGCUUAAGGCCACAGGAGGGGCAGCAAAUUUGGACACCAGCAAGAUGGCAGACAUGACAGUGGAGGACAUCACAUUGAGAGCCAACCAUGUUACAGAUGAGUCACUUGAAAGCACUAGGCGGAUGCUACAGAUGUCAGAGGAGAGCCGGGAGACGGGUGUCAAAACAAUGACCAUGCUGGAUGAGCAGGGAGAGCAACUGAGGCGAGUCGAUCAAGGAAUGGACCAGAUCAAUCAGGACAUGAGGCAGGCUGAGAAGAACCUGACUGAUCUGUCCAAAUGCUGUGGCCUGUGUGUGUGCCCAUGUGACAGAGUGUCUUCCAUUGAGCAUGAUGGGAGAUAUAAGAAGACUUGGGGCACAGGUAGUGACAACUCCAGUACAGACAGAAAAGAGGGUGGUGUUGUAUCCAGCCAGCCUACUGGUGUUCGCAAUGGACAGGCUGUUUCGGGUGGGUCAGCGGGUGGAUCUGGCCCCUACAUCAAGAGAGUAACAAAUGAUGCACGAGAAGAUGAGAUGGAGGAGAAUCUGGAGCAGGUGGGCAGCAUCAUCGGAAAUCUCAAGAAUUUGGCCAUGGAUAUGGGCAAUGAGAUCGACAAACAGAACAAAACCAUUGACCGCAUCAAUGAUAAGGCUGAUAUGAAUAAAGCUCGCAUUGAUGAAGCCAACCAACGAGCCAACAAACUUCUGUAGAGAAUGGACACUGCCAGCAUCGCUCAGGAGCCUGAUUGUUUGAUCUCUCUCUCUCUCACACACACACACACACACACACUUUCUGCUUCACAGCAAUGAACUACAGCAAGUGAGUUAAGUUCUUCCAAUGCCAUCUGUGCCUUUUUUUUUUUACCGUUCCGUUUGUCCUAUUGUAAAUAGUUGGACACAUGCACACAGAUAUAUUAUAGAGCCUCCUGUACAAUCAAGUCUUCACCCUUAAUGUAUGAGACAAAUAUGCUGGACGCACCGAGUGCAGUUGUUUUUGUGGCUUUGCUCACUGCGCUCCUCUCAGUCUGUAAUGGAUGGAGUCUAAUCUCUCGGGAUGGUGAUGGGUUUUGUCCGUCCCUCUCACUACACUUCAGUCAACAUGGCUAAUUGCUUCAAUAGACUGAAUGAGUGGCCAAAGACUUACGACAGAACUUUUCAUGUUCUGGUAUGCUGCCCUUAUAGUCGUUGAUAUAUGUUUGGGCUAAUGAUAUAAUGUUUGUUUUCUGUUUAGCUUGAUCUAUGACUGAUUAUACUCAUAUUUAAUUAUCUUAAAAGUCAUUAAUGGGCCUUGUGAAUACAGUUCAAUGUUUGGGGGGGAAAUAAUUUACCAUGCUAUAUAGGAAUUGGACAUUUCAAUGUAUCUGUUUUACUGCUAAUAAAGCCUGUAUAAUAA